AUGUCAGACCCAAGUUCUAUCAACGGUGGUACCGCCGUGGCCAUGGUUGGUAAAGAUUGUAUAGCUAUAGCAUCAGACUUACGUUUGGGAAACCAAUCUUUGGGAUUGGCAAACAACUUUGAGAAGGUUUUCCAAUUUGGAGACAAGACAUUCAUGGCAUUGACCGGGUUGGCAUCAGAUGUCAUCACGUUGAAGGAAACGUUUAGAUUGAAGAAUAAUUUGUACAACCUCCGUGAGGAGAGAGAGAUAGAACCCCAAACCUUGGCCAACUUGGUUAGUUCCACUUUAUAUGAAAAGAGAUUUGGCCCAUACUUCAUUGGGCCUAUUGUAGCAGGGUUGGAUUCCAAGACUAGCAAGCCAUUUAUCUGUGGGUUUGACUUGAUUGGGUGCAUUGAUUUCGCCAAGGACUUUAUCGUCAGUGGUACCGCUACUGACCAGUUGUACGGUAUGUGUGAGUCCUUGUACGAGCCAAACUUGGAGCCAGAAGACUUAUUCGAAACCAUCAGUCAGGCGUUAUUGAAUGCCGUGGAUAGAGAUGCAUUAUCUGGAUGGGGGGCAGUCGUUUACAUAGUCACCAAGGAUAAGGUGGUGAAGAGAACGUUGAGAACGAGACAAGAUUAG